UGAGAGAGAGAAACACGUCUGAUCUUUUAAAUAAUAAUUAGUUCCAGGAUUGAAAAAAAACACCAACCUCCCUGUGAAAAUAUGUCAAACAUAUGUAACCUCCCUGACCUGCCGAAUCCAGGUCACUGGUGGGAGAAAUACUAUCUGCAUGUGCAGAUGCUAGCAGCAGUUCACCAUUCAUGACAACAACAAUUGUCCCAUCAUAUGGCUCAGUUGGUAGAACAUGGCUCUUGCAACGCCAGAAUUGUGGGUUUGAUUCCUGGGCCACCCAUACAUAAAAUAUAUGCAUGCAUGACUGUUAGUCACUUUGGUUAAAAGCAUCUGCUAAGUUGCAUGAUAUUGUUAUAUUAUAAGAAGUUUGGGCAGCUUUUUUUCUGUUGUGGUCAAAAGCCAAAGAUAUUCAUAACUAACCCUGUGCUUUAGCUCUUAUCUUACCACUUCCCCAUCUUCAGGAAGUGUAUUAGGUGACGUAGCAAACGCAGUCCCAAUACAUCGCAGUAACAUAUCUCACACGUAAGCAUAGACAUCUUAGUGACUUUCCUCCAUGACAAGAUGGUUCUUCACAACUUCACCGAUUCCUCAAAACUAGUAGCCACAAUGGCAUCACUUUCCCCUCUAAUGGACUGUGGCUUUAAUGAAGAUACCAUAAGUAUGGCUAUAUCAAGUCUCUACUUCCUGUUGUUCAUCCCGGCCCUCAUCAUCAAUGGGGUAGCAGUCUGGGUCUGCAUGCAACUUCGGUCAACGUCUACCUUCAUGGUGUAUCUGAAGAACCUUCUGGCGGCUGAUCUUCUCAUGACCCUGACCAUCCCUGUCAAAGCAGCCAAAAUCCUGCCCAGCGCUCCACUGACUCUGAAGGCCUUUGCCUGUCGCUACUCUGAUGUUAUUUUCUACCUCUGUAUGUACAUGAGCAUCAUUCUGUUGGGCCUCAUCAGUCUGGACCGCUUCUUCAAGAUCGUCAGGCCCUGUGGCAGGUUGUUGGGUCAGAACCUUGUCUUCGGUAAAGUGUUGUCAGCUUCCAUCUGGGUGGUGCUGUUGGCCACUAAUGUCAUUCCAACCAUGAUCCUGACCAAUCAGGAUCCCACAAACAAGACUAAAGAAUUCUGUAUGGCAAUGAAGAGCGAUGCAGGACAAGGUCUUCACGGUGGCGUGGUCAAAUUAAACAACGCAAUCUUCUGGGUGGUGUGUGUUCUUAUUUUUGUCUGCUACAUAUGCAUAGCAAGGAAGGUUUUUCAAUCAUACAGGAAAUCAGGAAGCAGCAAUGAUGAAGGGAGGCAUAAGACCAAAGUUCGUGUGUUUUUGGUUCUGGUGGUUUUCCUGGUGUGUUUCGGCCCCUACCACUCCAUACGGAUCUUCUACACCUCGCUUCAGGAUACCUCAACAACCAGCUGCACUAACGUUACCUUACGGAUCUGUAAGGAGAUCACCUUGUGGAUGUCAGCCAUGAAUGUCUGUCUGGACCCUCUCAUCUACUUCUUCCUGUGUAAGUCCUUCAGGAUCAACCUGUUCAAGAUGCUCUGUCUCUCACCUGGGACCAGUAGCUGGCUCACUGGGAGAGGACCCAACACAAUAGAGGAUCAGACCCCAACACAGGAGGGAGACUCCUGUGCCUGUACAGAAAAUUAAAACUCUUUGGAAUGAUCUACUUUAUGUUGUGAGAAGUUCUGUUUGACAGAGUAUAAUACUGCCCCCUGGUGUAGGGUUAACUAUCCAACUAGUUAUACUAGAAAUGAAUCCAGCAGGUGUAAUGUACUAUCCAACUAGUUAUACUAGAAAUGAAUCCACCAGGUGUAAUGUUCUAUCCAACUAGUUAUACUAGAAAUGAAUCCACCAGAUGUAAUGUACUAUCCAACUAGUUAUACUAGAAAUGAAUCCACCAGAUGUAAUGUACUAUCCAACUAGUUAUACUAGAAAUGAAUCCACCAGGUGUAAUGUACUAUCCAACUAGUUAUACUAGAAAUGAAUCCACCAGGUGUAAUGUACUAUCCAACUAGUUAUACUAGAAAUGAAUCCACCAGGUGUAAUGUACUAUCCAACUAGUUAUACUAGAAAUGAAUCCACCAGGUGUAAUGUACUAUCCAACUAGUUAUACUAGAAAUGAAUCCACCAGGUGUAAUGUACUAUCCAACUAGUUAUACUAGAAAUGAAUCCACCAGGUGUAAUGUACUAUCCAACUAGUUAUACUAGAAAUGAAUCCACCAGGUGUAAUGUACUAUCCAACUAGUUAUACUAGAAAUGAAUCCACCAGGUGUAAUGUACUAUCCAACUAGUUAUACUAGAAAUGAAUCCACCAGGUGUAAUGUACUAUCCAACUAGUUAUACUAGAAAUGAAUCCACCAGGUGUAAUGUACUAUCCAACUAGUUAUACUAGAAAUGAAUCCACCAGGUGUAAUGUACUAUCCAACUAGUUAUACUAGAAAUGAAUCCACCAGGUGUAAUGUACUAUCCAACUAGUUAUACUAGAAAUGAAUCCACCAAGUCUAAUGUACUAUCCUACUAUUUACAUUAGAAAUGUUACGUUACAGCCUUAUUCUAAAACAGAAUAACUACAUUUUUCCCUCAUAAAUCUACACACAAUACACAAUAAUGGAGGGCUGUAUAGGCCCCAUUUAACAUCCACAUGCUUGUAGUGGAGCGAGAUCCUUGGUGUCCACAUCACCAACAAACUGUCAUGGUCCAAACACACCAAGACAGUUGUGAAUAUGGCACGACAACACCUUUUCCCCUCAGGACACUGAAA